AAUCAAGUUGUGGUGUUCAACCUUUAAAUAAAAUGGCGACCUCCAUUGCAAAAUCCAUAGCGAUUCGGUUCCAAACCGUUAAGCGAGCUAGGAAAACGUUUAAGCUCGUUGAGACAGUUACAAGAGGCUAUGCACAAGUAUCAAUUGCAGGUUUGCCAUCAUUUGUGAAAGUUGUGGAAGUUGGUCCAAGGGAUGGUUUACAAAAUGAGAAAGAGAUGGUGCCAACUGCCGCAAAGAUAGAAUUGGUCAAUAGGUUAUCCCAAGCUGGACUACCCAGUAUUGAAGUAACAAGCUUUGUUUCUCCAAAAUGGAUACCUCAGAUGGCAGAUCAUGGUGAUGUUAUGAGAGGCAUAGAAAGGCAUAAAGACAUUGUUUACUCAGCGUUAACACCAAACCUGAAGGGAUUUGAAGCUGCGUUAGAGGCAGGUGUUAAUGAGGUAGCUAUAUUUGGCGCUGCUUCUGAAAGCUUCAGCAAGAAAAAUAUAAACUGUAGUAUUGAGGAAAGUUUGAACAGAUUUGAUGCUGUAAUGAAUGCAGCAAAGUCAGCAAAUUUACCUGUAAGAGGGUAUGUAUCAUGUGUAUUAGGCUGUCCUUAUGAGGGAGAUAUUGCAGUAGAUAAAGUUGCACAGGUAUGUAAGUCACUGUAUGAUAUGGGAUGUUACGAGAUAUCUUUAGGAGAUACUAUAGGUGUUGGCACCCCAGGGGCGAUGAAAAAUUUGAUCUCGGAAGUCUCGAAAGUGGUACCAGUACAGAAACUAGCUGUACAUUGUCACGAUACGUAUGGUCAGGCUCUAGCAAACAUUUUAGCAGCUUUACAGAUGGGGAUAAGUGUGGUGGAUAGCUCUGUAGCGGGACUUGGAGGGUGCCCCUAUGCCAAGGGUGCUAGUGGCAAUGUGUCUACAGAAGAUGUGGUUUAUAUGUUACAUGGUCUAAAUAUUAAAACAGGUAUAAAUAUACAGAAGUUGAUAGAAGCUGGACAAUUUAUAUCUCGAACUCUGGGUCGACCAACACAUUCCAAGGUUGCCCAGGCAACCAAAUCAUCUCUUUGAACAGCUGGACUUUUCAUAAUAGGAAUAGUGUGUUAUAAGAGUAGAAACAAUGAGGUUUUAACUUGUAUGUUAAAUACGAUCAGGACAAGUUAAUGAAAUCUUGCCUGCUUAGGUUUAUACAUGCAAUAAAUUAUAAGGUAUUAACAAA